UUCAGUGUCUCUUUAGCCUUGGCGAGGGGAAGACGGUCGAAGACGUUCACCAGCUCAACUCACCCCUCAUUCUCACUCACUCACUGCCCUCCACGUGCGUGUUACCAUAGUGAGCUUCCCCCUCUCUCUCUUUCUCUCUCUCUCUUCUCCGUCUCCCUCAUCAUAGGAGAAAGAAGAUAUUUGGAAGUGAGAGACAAGUCAGGUACAGGAAGCCGACACAAACUGCCAUAACCAUGACACACAACACUGUAUGGUUGCUAUGGUUACCGGUAGCGUUGUUUAUGCUUACAUCAGCAGCAGUGGCACCAGAUGAUUAUGACAUCACCCCAUUGGAGGACCCUCUGCAGCCUAUCUGGAAUCGCCUGGACUCCCUCUCGUCAGAUAUGGUCAAUGGCUUCAUGACCCAGAGAGAGAGCCUAUCUCAGAUGCAGUCGAAAUUAGAGGAGAAAUUCGGAGCUCUGAUGUCACGGGUCACCCUCAAAAUGACAGCCAUUAAUAAUAUGAUAAUGAACAAUCAGGGACAGGUAGACAACAAGGUGAUCCAGAUGAACAGUACUCUGACGUCGUGGCUGCAUAACUUCUACCAGGAUCACAUGUUGGUCGACUCAGAAGAACGUAUGCAGAAGAUAGAACAGCAUGUGGACGUCAAAGUGGCAGGUCUGGAGAACAGAAUCGACAGCGCAUUGGGGGCCUUGGAAGGUCGAGUGAGAACGACCUCUGGCAGCAACAGCACCCCAGUCGGCGGCACUAUACCCUCGGGCUCCACAGCUGACAUGGAACGAAGGAUCAUAACCCAAGUAACGAGUGCAGUGACUUCCUUGGAGACUGGUGUGAGGGAACAGCUGACUGGACUCACUCAGAACGUGGACACCAUCAACACACAUGUCACCAAGAUCAACGAGAGGAUGUCGCUGGGGGGCGGGGAAGUAGAAGGAGAGUCCGGUGGUGAAUCUGGCUUUUGCAGGACCCUGGAGGAUAAGGUCUCCGAGCUAUUGAACAACGGAGGAUCACAAGGCACCUGUUCCUGUCUGAGCCAAGAGAUUGUUGGCAAUAUAACAUCAGCGCUCAACAGGGUGAUAGAUACCCCAGCAUUCCUCCCCCGAGACUGUUCUGAUCUACACUGGCAGUCCCCUGAGGCUCCUAGUGGUGUGUUCCUGACGUACCCUAACAUGGACUCUAAGAGUCCCGUGUCAGCUUGGUGUGACAUGGGUGGGGAAGAGAGUAACAAGGAUGAAGGUGGCUGGACUGUUAUUCUUAGGAGGCGUGAAUCUGACUUUGGACAGGUUCUGUUUAAUAGGUCCUGGGAUGAAUACCGCCAAGGGUUCGGUGAUCCGUCGGAGGGAGAAUGGUGGUAUGGCCUGGCCUCCAUCCACGCCCUCACCUACCGCCAGCCCUACGAGGCCCUAUUCCUCCUGCAUGACAUCGAGCAGGGCAGCUUCUAUGCCAAGUACACUACCUUCAGGGUGGAAGAUGAACUCAAUAAGUUCCGGCUGGUGGUGGGAGGCUUCAGCGGGAACGUGACGAUUGACUCCCUCGCCUCCAAGCAUCACAACAGUCCCUUCAGCACCUGGGACCAGGAUAAUGACGAGUGGGGGACUGGCAGCUGCGCCGUGAGUAACAGUGGUGGAUGGUGGUUCAACGCCUGUCACUAUACCACCCUCACAGCGCCCCUCCCCACCUCUAACAAUCGUACGGCUAAGACAAUCCGAUGGAGGACUGAUGACGCCUGGCUCGUUUUCAAUGACGUUACUGUACAGAUCCGCCCUACCAACUACGCUCAGAGAUUCAACGCUCAAGACUGAGGUUAUGCUUAAGGUUCUUAGAUGUAGAGUUAUAUGUAAACACUAGAAAUUACCUUUAUGUGAAAACAUAAUAUUUCUAUCAGUAUUAACUGUUCCAAUUAUAAGUUAAGAACAACACAAUAAACUGAACUGACAUUAGGAAUAAAAUCUUCAUUAUUAUUCAAAUUAUAAUAAAAAACUAAAAUAAAGUCGUUUUAUGUUUUUCAUCACAAUUCAGCUGUUUAUUUCUCUACUGACCUGACUGAUGGAUUUUUUUAUAGAAUAGUUUCACUUAGUCAAUAGUCUUUAUCUAUCCUGUAAUUAAAAAGUAGCAGAUACUUAUAUUUUUUCAAGGUUGGGUUAACUCCUCUAAUACUUAGUUACUUACUUAAAAUAAAAACAUAUCCUUGUCCAUCCUGUAAUUAAAAAAUAAUAGAUAAUCAUUGUACAAAUAGGGAGUCAUUAUAGUUAGUAGUAUGGUAGAUGUUGUGUAUUAUUUGCAUAUAUUAAUUGAUUGGUAAUGUUAGCUAAUAGUGCGAGAUAAUAGGGAAGUGUUGAUGUACACCCACUAAAAAAUUAUUCGGCACCCUUACAAUAUGACACGGGUGCCGAAUAAUUGUUUUAGUGGGUGUACCUAUUAAGAAAAAAUAGGCGAUAUUAAUGGGGAAAUAGGUGAUAAAUUAACGUCUAUUAGUGCACAUAAUAGAAAAUAAUGGACACUACAAAUAUACUAAUGAACGGGAGUUUGUAUCCAUACCAUAAAGAGAAAAUGGGCGAUAACUGUCCCUUUCCCCCCUUCACCUCCCUUCCCAUUAACGUAUCCAUAUAAAACUAAUGAACUACACCAUUAUCUUACUCUGGGGGCGGGCGGGGGACAGGGAGGGUGGUGAGGCAAGUACUUGAUGACACGACUGGACAAACACUUGGUAGACUCAGACACCAAGAACUAAGUAUGACUGGUAACUAAGAGAGAGGAUUAUUUUAUUUUAUUUUAUUUUUAUUUUUUUUCGUGUUAAGUAUUUCGUUAAAUGUGUGAUUUUGGCAGAGAGAGUGACACACACACACACACACACACACACACACACACACACACACACACAUAAUGAAAAUAUAUACAUAUAGACAUCCAAGGUCACAUGUAGCCCCAGUCAGGUCAAAUGUCAGUCGAGGGUCAAUGGGACACUUAAAACUAAUUUCGUGGAUCAGUGAUGCGUUUGUGAGGGUUGGUGGUGGUAGUGAGAGAGCGAGAGAGUUGGCAUGGGGGAAAGAGGAGAACAGUGUGUGUGUGUGUGUGUGUCGGAUCUUCGCCACUUGAGUGUAGAUUCUCGGAAUAUCUUAAGUGGUCCUCGUCUGAGAAUUAUCAUAACCUCUCGCUCAGCCGCUUGAGUGUGUUGAUAAAAUUAUUAAGGGUGAGAUGUUAUAGUGGUAGUCUCUCUCUCUCUCUCUCUCUCUCUCUCUCUCUCUCUCUCUCUCUCUCUCUCUCUCUCUCGUAAUAAAACUGGGCCAGUGAGAGAUUAAGGAUAAUUCCAGUCGGCUUACCCAGAAUUAUGACAAUUUUUGCUUUACACUGCGGCUGAUCAGGUCCGUGUGUGUGGUGACGUACUGUAUUCUCUAUGUUCAUAUUGUAUACAGUGUUAUAUGACUAGAUUUAACUGAAAGAAAAAAAAAACAGCUGUACAAGUUGUAACCACGCACUAUUUUCUGUAUCAACACACACACACACACGUUGCCAGGUUAACUAGCAAUACACAGUACCACCCCAUCAUCAGGUUAUAUAAACAGCACUCUCCUCUGUUCUUGUUGAGUUUACAAAUAACAUCUACAUGGUGGUUAAAAGGAGGAGACUAACAACAUCUCUGUGCGUUUAAGAUACAAGAGACGCUAUAGAGAGUAGCCUUUGACACUGUCCUAGCGUACCACACUAUAUAUUCUGUUACUUGUUCUUCAAUAGUCAUUCUUCUUACUGGUUCGAUUUUCACCACAUCAGAGAACAUAAGAUUGUCAGUCAUUUUUAAUUGUAAUUUUUAGAUGAGUUUUUACAAGUUUAUUGGUUUUAUUGUUUUAGCUUAUGAGUCCAACAGGGUUUUAUUGAUGUUUUUAUUUGUUUUUUAAUUUUUCUGUAUCUGUAUCGGUUACUGUCCUGUAAUUUACCUGUCUAAUUUUUGUUCCUGUACUUGUUUAUCUACCUGUACUGUUGUUUCAGUCCCUGUACUAGACUAAUUACCUGUAACUGUGCUAAUUGUAUGUUACACCUGUUUUACAUACACCUUAAAUCUUGCUACAUAAAUUGAAAAUAUUAAAUACCUUACAAAGUUAUCCAUUGUAGCAAAAUAGAACGAGGAAAGACAGUGAUUAAAUAAAAAAAUAUAUAAAAAGAACUA